AGAACAAAAAAAAAAAAAAAAAACCGUCUUCCGGUUUACGCCGAGGUGUGCCAAGUGUUGCGAAUUGAAGUUCUCGAGAAGUAGCCGAGAACAUUUUCACCGAGAUAUGACAAUUGAUGUAUUCGAUAUCUUCGUUAGUCGUUAUAUUCCCAUAUUUGAAUUAAUUAAUUGUUAGAAUAGAAAAUUCUCUAAAUCCUUUUUUUUUUGGCAAAAACUCGAUGAUGUUGUUCGCGAGAGUUCUAGUCUUGCCGAAACGUGCUGGCAAAACGAUGAAACGAAUUACUCCGCGCGCGGAGUAAUGAUCCGGUCGGAAGAAAAAGCGUUUCGUUAAUCCUCCGUUAUAUAUAUAACAAGUGUUAUUCCGUUUUUUUUUACUUCCGAGUGUUUUUUUUUCUCUCUCUCUCUUUCUCUCUCUUUUCGCGCAAAGAUGAAUUCUAGUCUGAAUCUCACGACAACGUUGCCCGUGGCAACGCUCACAGGAUACGAGUGCCAUUUGGAUUCGUUUCAUAGCUGGUAUAGUCAGUUGCACGGCUGGGCCAGUUUGCUGGUAUGCAUAUUUGGCUCGAUUGCCAAUUUCCUGAAUAUCGCGGUGCUGACACGCCGGGAGAUGCGAUCGCCAACCAAUAUGAUUCUCACCGGCCUGGCUGUGGCCGAUCUGCUCGUUAUGAUCGAGUACAUUCCCUACGCGAUUCACAUGUAUCUUUACAAACGAUCUCGCAGAGACACCUUCACCUACGGCUGGAGCGUGUUCGUGCUGUUUCACUCGAACUUCGGCCAGGUGUGUCACACGAUCUCGAUCUGUCUGACGGUGACCUUGGCGAUCUGGCGAUAUAUCGCCGUUGCUUAUCCGCAGAGAAAUCACGAGUGGUGCAGCGACAAGCGCACAAUUCUGGUGAUUCUCUUCGCUUAUAUUUGCUGUCCUAUAUUAUGCGUGCCGCUGUACAUUACCACCGAAGUGAGACCGCGAGUUGAAAUGCUCAACAAGCGGGGGAUGAGCGUCAAUCUGACCGGAAUGACCAAUGGCACGAUGCUCGAGGGCGCAACCAAUACCACCCUGUACUUCGUGAAACUCGUCGAGAUGAGUGACCUACUUAAAGAUAUCAAUUUCUGGAUCUACAGUGUGGUGAUCAAGCUGAUACCUUGCGCGGCUUUGACGAUGUUGAGCAUCAAGCUGGUGAUGGUGCUGUUGGAAGCGAAAAAGAGACGAAAGAAGCUAACCACGAAGAACAUCGCGAUUAAGAUGGGCAACGGUAAGGAACACGCCUGCGAGAAACCCAAGAAGAGACGGAAGGGCGCCGAUAAGGAACGACAGACUGACAGGACCACAAUGAUGUUGCUGGCGGUGCUGCUGCUGUUCCUCGUAACCGAAAUGCCGCAGGGUAUUUUAGGGCUGCUCAGUGUUAUUCUCGGAACGAGUUUCUUCAACACGUGCUACGUCAUGUUAGGCGACGUAAUAGAUAUCCUGACGCUUAUAAACUCGGCCAUCAACUUCAUUCUCUACUGUGCCAUGAGCCGACAAUUCCGCACGACCUUCAAUCAGCUGUUCUGCAAACGGUGGCGGCUGAUCGACAGGUGGAUACCGGUGCCGCACCAAUCGAUGGAGAACAACGGACACACCGGGACCAAUCACACGGUGACUCAAGUUACCCAGGUUUAGCGUCGAAGAAACCAACGGACGUUUUGCUAUCCGGUUUAAAAAGAGAGACUGGCUGAUUAGAGCCUUCUUUCAAGACGCGCGUACUACAAGUCCGAGGAUUGUUGAAGAGGACGGGACCUUUCUCUCCGUGACUCUCCGUUCGCCAAGCUUUGCGCAAACACAACACAAGCGGACACAAGGAAAGAAGAAAGCUAGAAAGAAAAAGAAAGAGAAGAGAGAGAAGAGAUGAAAUUUAUUUGCUCGCUACUGCCACCGGUCCUAAUUGCGCCGUCGUUGCGAACUUUACAACGCUCCGGGCGUUUUCAAGCGCUACCGACCGCGUUCCGGACAUGCCACACGUCGGAUGUGUAACAAAUAUUUGUUUAAGUUGGCUGGCGAUACUUGCUGUACAUUCUUCUUCCGCAACAUGUUUCUUUUUAAUUUUGUUCGUUACUUACUUACAAUCGCAAAAUCAAUCAGCGGGGGCGUUUGGCAUAUUGUGACGUAAGAUUGAUUCACACACAAAAUGUUUCCAAUAGAUACGUGUUUAAAAGUCAGUAACUCUAAUUUUGCGAUGCGGAUUACGCUUGAAUGCGAAAAAAAAUAUUUUUCAAUCAAAAAGUUACACACUUCUAUUGUUUUGUUAACGGUGGCACACACUCAAAGAAGAAUGUAAAUAAUAAAACAACGAAGAAAAUGAAUAACAAUAAAUAAUAGCAAAAAUAAAGUGACAACAGAGAUGUACACGCACACAUAUGCGUAUUAUACUUUUUCUUUGCAGGCAGCUGGUCUGCUCUCUGCGUGUAUCUUUUAAUAUAUUGUACUUUGAAAUAAGAGUUGUAAAGUUUGUCAAAAACAAAUUGUCGUCAAGUAUAAUUUAAAUGAGAGAAACUCAGAAGAAAAGAAAAAUCUCUGCAAAAAAAAAUAUACUCCGCAUAGACGUUAUUAUUUUAGAGUUUCAGCUUUGAACUCUAGUAGUAAUUGUUAUGUUGGUAGUACAAUGAAUUUUUAUUUGCGUUAUGUUCAAACUUUUGAUUUAAAAAUCCAACUUGAAAACUUUGACGUUGCGCGUUUUCUCUAAUUAAGUUUAUUUUACGGUAUGAGAAUUGCGGCCUGAAAAACGCUUUAAACAUGCGUCGCGUUUCGUUAAGUAAAUUAUCAAUAUUAACAGUUAUAUAUAUAUAUGUAUAUAUAAUAUUAACAAUUUAAUAUUAACUUAAUACUACGCGGCUUAAUGAAAACGUAACAAAGCGCGUCUAUUAAACUGAGCCUUUAAUGCCUCCAACAUUUGCAGGUUAUUACAAUGCCUUAUUUUCUCCGGUAAGAACACGGGAUUUUCAACAACAGAAAAUCUAUGGAGCUUGGUUUAUAUGUUGUAAACAGUUACUGAAAAAUGAGAAGCGACGUGCUUUUUUUUUUUUUUUCAGAAAGUGCAACAGCAAAAUGUUCGUGUACUUUUAGAUUUUUCUAACGUACAUUUUGCUAUGCAACACGAUCGAAGUUCGAAACAUAGUGUCAUCCACUUUGUUAUUGGAAACUUAAAAGACUUUUCUAUAUAAAAUGUCCGCGCUUCUAGGAGGUGCCGAAUUAUUAAAACUUCGCGCAAAGAGUGCGCGAAUAAAAUUAUUUAUCUCUCAUUAUUUUUUUAAAUUAUAAUUCUUUUAUUUAACGGACAUGUGUUUUGAUUAUAUAAAUAAUAUCAUAUAAAACAGCGCGCGCGUUAAGUCUGAAGCUUGCAGUUUUAAUGACACGCGGAAGCAAACGUUUAGCAAAAUAUAUUUUAUAUUUACAUAUUUUCGCGCGCGCAC